GUUGCCUCUCGUAGCCAGUUUCUUAUUUUCUUUCCACCGUUGUUGGUGGCGGUAAGAAAGAAAUUCAGAAGAGCCAUUCGUCAAUUGGCGUAGACCAUCGCCGGUUCGUCAUCGUUUCUUCACUGAGGAGGCACCCACAACAACGCCGGCUCAAAAAUGGCUGCUUUGGCCUUCCCUCGCCACAUCCACACCGCACCGAAGCCUUCUUUCUUCAACAACAAACCGAAGACCAAGCUCAGAACAAGAAUCUCCGUCCAAUCUUCGCUCACCCCUCCUCAACUGGGUUUCUCCGACCCCUUCGUUCUUGAACUCGCAGAAGCUCUCGAAGACUCUCUCCCCUCUCCUUCUUCUUCGAAGCUCUCGCCUUUAGAGAAGAUCAGGGACGUUUCCUCAGAAACCCUGUUGUCGACUCCGUGGCCUUCUCGCAAAGACGAGCCCUUUCGCUUCACCGACACUUCUUUCAUCAAGAACUCCAAAAUCUGCCCUGUUUCUCGCCCUCCUCCACAAAGUUUGGAAGCUCCACUGGCCUCUCCCGAAGAUACCCAGUUGCUCCACCUCGCCAUCGUUGAUGGGCACAUUGUGGAUUCCAGCUCCAAUAUGAGUGGUUUGCCCGACGGGGUUUAUGUGGGCAGCUUGUCGAAUGCGACCUCAGAGAGUCUAGUCAAGCGGGUUGGUGAGUUUGUGUGUGGUUUCGAUUGGGGAGACUUGUUUUGGUCCAUAAAUGGUGUCGGGGCGCCUGAUUUGGCAGUUGUUUACGUGCCCGCUGGUUGCCGGGUUGAAAACGCGGUGCAUUUGAGGUAUUAUUCUGUUGAGGCUAGUGAUGUAGGGUCGAAUAAAUUGCCGGUUUCGAAUCCGAGGGUGUUUGUGGUGGUGGAGAAAGGAGGGGAAGUUGAUAUAGUUGAGGAGUUUAUGGGUGGUGAUCCGAAUAGAUGUUAUUGGGCUAACCCAGUUUUAGAGGUAGUGGUUGGAGAAGGUGGAAAAGUUAGACAUUCUUAUGUGCAAAAUCAAUCUCCAUGUGCUGCUCAUAUCAAGUGGACUUCAGUUCGGCAGGACGCAGAAAGUAGUUAUCAACUCGUGGAGGUUAGUAGUGGCGGGAAGUUGAGCAGGCAUAAUCUCCAUGUUCAGCAACUGGGGCCUGACACAGUGACAGAGCUAUCCACUUUACACUUGGCCUUCAAUGAACAGACUCAAGAUUUACAUAGUAGACUAGUCUUGGAUUAUCCACGUGGUAGCUCCCGUCAGCUUCAUAAGUGCAUUGUAGCAAACUCACAAGGGCAGGCAGUAUUCGAUGGAAACGUUAAGGUUAACAGAUACGCACAGCAAACAGAUGCGGGACAACUGACGAGAAGCCUGCUACUCGAACCCCGAGCGACUGUGAAUGUGAAACCCAACCUCCAAAUCAUAGCCGACGAUGUCAAGUGCUCCCACGGAGCUGCAAUAAGCGACUUAGAAGAAAGCCAGCUGUUCUACUUUCAAGCACGCGGCAUCGACCUGAAGACAGCUAGAAAGGCUCUGGUUUUCUCUUUCGGAGCCGAGGUGGUAUCGCAGCUGCCCGAUGCCUCCGUCCAGAAGAAAGUCGAGAACCAAAUCAGAGAGUUGCUGGAUCCACAGUGAAGAGACUGUCGCUAAGAGGAGUUUUCAGGACUAUAUCUCUUGCCUUUGUCUCCUUUUCGGUUCUUUUGAUACUCCUUGGGCCUUCCUUUCCACCAUCGAUCCAAUUUGUAUUGCAAAUAUCUGAGCAGAUUGGCAGAAAUACAAGUGUAGAUUUUGUGUUCUUGUGUUUCACCUCUUGUACUGAUUAUUGAAAGCAGUUAAUAAAGCUCUCUUGUCCCGUUCCAUGGCUAAA